CCACAACCACCACCUUCUCCUCUUCAUCCAAAAGGUUUCUCAGAAACUCAAAAAUGUUCGCUCGUGCUGCUCUCAGGACUGUCUCUGCCCGCUCCUUCUCGACCUCUGCCGUCAGACAGACUCGUGUCGCCGUUCUCGGUGCUGGUGGAGGAAUUGGACAGCCUCUUUCCUUGCUGCUCAAGAGCGAUCCUUUGGUCUCUUCUUUGAGCCUUUACGAUAUCCGUGGUGCUCCUGGUGUCGCUGCUGAUGUGAGCCACGUCGACACCGCCAGCGAGGUCAAGGGAUACGCUGCCGACCAACUCGACCAGGCCCUUGAGGGUGCCAAGGUCGUCGUCAUCCCCGCUGGUGUCCCCCGUAAGCCCGGUAUGACCCGUGACGAUCUCUUCAACACCAACGCUUCCAUCGUCCGAGAUCUCGCUGCCGCCAUCGGCCGUGUCUCCCCCGAGGCCCACAUCCUCAUCAUCUCCAACCCCGUCAACUCCACCGUCCCCAUCGUCGCCGCCACCCUCGAGAAGCAAGGCAAGUUCGACCCCCGCCGCGUCUUCGGCGUGACCACCCUCGACGUCGUCCGCGCCGCCCGCUUCGUCGGCGAGGUCACCGGCAAGAACCCCCUCGACACCCCCAUCACCGUCGUCGGCGGCCACAGCGGCCCCACCAUCGUGCCCCUCCUCUCCCAGUCCCCCACCGGCAAGACCAUCUCCGGCGAGGCCUACGGCAAGGUCGUCCACCGCAUCCAGUAUGGCGGUGAUGAAGUCGUCAAGGCGAAGGACGGCGCGGGAAGCGCGACCUUGUCCAUGGCCUAUGCUGGUGCCAAGUUCACCAACUCGUUGCUCCGUGGUUUGAACGGAGAGAAGGGCGUCAUCACCCCCACCUUUGUCAAGAGCCCCCUCUAUGAGAGCCAGGGCAUCGACUUCUUCUCCUCCAACGUUGAGCUUGGCACUGAGGGUGUUGCCAAGAUCCACCCCAUUGGCGAGAUCUCUGCUGAGGAACAGAAGCUCCUCGAGGCCUGCCUCCCUGAGCUCAAGAAGAACAUCGAGAAGGGCAAGGCUUUCGUCGCUCAGUCCUAAACGAUUAAAAAGAGCUUUAUGAGUAGGCGGUGGUUAGAUGGUAGAGUAGAGCAUUUUUGAGGUGCAUAUAAUUUUCAUUACAUUGCAUAAUUCUCG